GCGGAAGCCGAGGCGACUGUUUUGAAGUUGGUCCCGGGCUGCUUUCAGCUCUCCCGCCCUCUAGUACUUUUAGCCCAGCGUGCGUACCCCCGCAGCUUUGUCCCGCGCCCCAAACGAACAGCAUUUAGGGAAGGCAGGCCCUCAGGCUGGGCCGCUCCCCGGCGCCCGGCCGGCCACGGUUUAAUAAAGCGAAGCGUUCCUCACCGCGGCACGGCGAGGCGUGAGCCCCGCCGCUUUCCGUCCUUCCCCUCCGCGGCCGGGUCCGCUGGGCCCAGCAUGUCCACCCCGCCGCUGGCCGGGGCCGGGAUGCCGCCCGGGGCCUUUACGGGACCCCAGGCCCAGGCUGCACGCGAGGUGAACACCGCGUCCCUCUGCCGGAUUGGCCAGGAAACCGUGCAGGACAUCGUGUAUCGCACCAUGGAGAUCUUCCAGCUGCUCCGGAACAUGCAGUUACCAAAUGGUGUCACUUACCACACUGGAACAUACCAGGACAGGUUAUCUAAACUUCAAGAUCAUCUCCGUCAACUCUCUAUCCUUUUCCGGAAACUAAGAUUAGUUUAUGAUAAAUGCAAUGAAAACUGUGCAGGAUUGGAUCCUAUUCUGAUAGAGCAACUCAUUCCUUAUGUGGAAGAAGAUGGUUCAAAGAAUGAUGACCGUGGUGCUUCUGGCCAACUUCGUUUUGCCAGUGAAGAGAGGAGAGAAAUAGCAGAAGUAAAUGAAAAACUCAAACAGAAGAAUCAACAGCUGAAACAAAUUAUGGACCAAUUACGGAAUCUCAUCUGGGACAUAAAUGCCAUGUUGGCAAUGAGGAACUGAACUGAUUUUUAAAUUUAUACUUUAUGACGUGCAUAGCUAUUUUGUUCUCUUUGGUUUUGAUUUCUUUUUUUUUUAACAGCUUAUUUUCCUUCAUUGCAGUGUUGCAAAAAUUAAUUUAAAUUAUUAUUCCAUUAUCUCAGAUAUGCAUUAAAUAUUUGCUUUAUAGUUUAGUAAGCAAUGAAACAUCUCACUGUUAAGUAUAGUAACUUAUUGAUAGCUCUUAUUUUUUUUUUUAGUUUUCUAUAAUUCAGCAAUUAGGUGAAAAGAUGAAAGAUCCAUUUUUUUAUUAAAUGUAUUUUUCUUGAAUUGUUUUUGUUGAUUUUGUUAUUUUGUAUUGAAAAGAUUAAUUUUGUAACCAUUUGUUAGUAUCCUAUGUUCAAAUAACUGUUAAAAAGUUUAUCCCUUAUUUCUAAAUGAAAAAAAAAUCAGUUUAAGCCAUCUAUCCCUAUAUAUUUAUACAUAUAAAUAUAGAAACACUUAAUCUUGCAAAUUAGUAUAAAUGUAAAUACAUAGUAAUUUUUGUUGGGAGGCUGCCUAUUGUAUCCAAACAGUUUAUUUAGGACUAUCAUUAUAUGAUAUAAUGGACCCUUAUAAUAUUUAGUUGGUCUUUUAUUGAAUAGAAAGGGAUGGGGGGGACGGUUAGUGUAUAUUUAAGAAAUCUGUCCCUAAGUACCUAAACCUUUGUAAGUUUGAUUUAGCUUUUCUUUUGUCAUGGAAAUUAUCUGUUUUUUGUGGCUUUAUGUGGCUUCAUGAACCCAGAAAAGGAAAUGAUUACAAAGAGUAUGAGUGGCUUCAUAAACAAUAGGUCAUACCAUACUAACCUUAUUUCCUCUUUUGAUAGUGUUACGCAAUACUAUAUAGUCAGUGUUACAGUGGAAUGAUCUAAAUGUAACUUUACUAGAUGUGGCAGGAAAUGAAGUGCCUCAAGGA